AUGGUCGAGAAUCUCCAUCGGCUCCCUCAAACACGCGCCAACUGGUUCUUCUUCCAAAAGACGAAGAAUUAUAAAGUGAUUCUCGGAGGAUUCAAGGGCGGCUUGAGAACCGGAGCCAAGCUCGGGGCUUGGACCGCUGGAUUCUGCACCCUAAAGGAAGCCUUCACUCUCGUCCCUGCGAUCGAGCGUCGGAACUGUUUCCCACUAAACUGGAGCGAAAGCAAGAUCAUUGAUUUGAAGACCGAUUCCCAGAUCGAUUACGACCCACAAUCUCUCCGCAACGACUACUACUUGGAACUCUAA